CACGCCUAACUAUCUUUGCUCCUAUUGCUGUCAAACUUUAUUUGUUAGUGCCUUUGUUUGUUGAAUGGCUCUAGUUGAGAAUGCAAAGCAAAAGGGUUUUUCUACACCUCAAUCUGUGGCGAAUCCCUUCUUGAUGAAAAUGAUCCAUAAUGAAACCUUAGACGAGGACAUUAUCUGGAGCUACACUGAAAAAAUGAUUACGGAUUCUAAAUCAAUGGAUUCUGAAAAAUCUUGGGAAGCUCUUUUGACCAAUUUACAAAUACUCGAUUUGCUUAUUUCACGCAAUACGAAUUUACACGUACUUCAAGGUCUAAUAUGCACAAUAUUUCAAACCUUUUUGUAUCUGAAAGCAAACUCAAUUAAAGAAGAUAUCAAGCUACUUACUAUUUUGAAUUAUCAAGAUAAAGAUAUAUGCAAUGCAGCAGAAACUCAACAGCGAGCGUACUUGCAAAUAAAAACAAGCUUACUCCGAAUAUACUCCCUUGAUGCAAGCUCUGUCAAAUCUCAAUUCAAAGAACUUACACAGAAUUAUGACAGUAACUCUGAUUUCUACAAACUUUUGGUUCAAUUUUCAUUUCAGAGUACAGAAAUAGCAUUUGCUUUGUCCUACUCCUUUAUAAAAUUAUCAUUGUCAACUAAGACGGCUUAUAAGUUGGUCUUCUUAAUUCUGGCCACACAUUACAGUGUAUUCACAGGCAAUAUAAAAUCUGAACUUUUCGACAAAAUUGCUAAGGAUGGGAAACAAAUGUUUAUUAAGUCUGAUAAUUUAAUUUACAAGCUAGCCUCCUCUCAUUUGUAUGCACUUGACCGUGUCUGCGAACUCAAAAGAUAUAAUGUUAAACCUCUGGAUACUUUGAUUGAAGCUUUUAGCAAAUUUGAGACGGACAAAGUACAAAAGAAAAUACCUGAAAAAGUCUCCUCAUUUUCAGAAUUACUGCAGCCCCUAGUUAAUAUGAACUUAUCAGAUAACAUUUCAACUCUUUUGGAUAGCAAGAGGUUAGAUGACUUGCUAAGCUCUAAAAGUUUCGUGAAACAAUUUGGGAUAAUCAUCAGAAACCUUGACAUCGAUAAUUCUUCAGGUACCCAAACUUUGUUUAAAAUAAUCUCUUUUCUUACCUCCAACCCUGAAAGACAUGAACUAGUUAUCAUUUUUCUUGAUCCUGUUCUGAUAAAACUGAAAGAUCUCAAAUGCACAUCUGCUAAUACUGAAAUGAUUCACAGCAAUUUGGAGAAAUUGGCAAACUUUAUGAUAGGUAUAAAUCUUACGAAAAAACUCACAAACCUAUCACGCCUGUUCUUUCACUUCGGUAAUAUUGCCCUAAUGUUUGAACCAGAGAAAUCAGUUAUAUUCUGGGCAUCAUUUCUCCGAUGCGACAGAUAUCUUUGUAGCUCGAUGAGCAUAAAUGAAACAACUUUGAAACGCUUAUAUUACAUAUCAAGUGAUCAAAUUUCAAAAGCCAAUUUUGAGGUUGCAAUAGCAGUACAGCUAUUGUUAUUGAAUACAGCACUUUCUGAUGGGAACGUAUUUGAUUAUGAAUCUUUUCUCCAGCAUGACUAUCACACUUCCGUAAAACUGAUAACAAACUGUCUUGUCCAUAAAAGUCAAUGCUCAAAGAUAUUGUUUGAGCAUAUUCAAAAUGAGUCUUUGAUAACAGCGCUAGUAUUGAGUGUUGUAAAGCUUCUUGAAAGCAUGAACUUGGGAGACCAAAAAGAGAUUUUGAUUAGUCAGUUGAUAAUAGUGCAAAAAGAGAGCUUGAAUGACACGGGAUUGUUUCUAUACUUUCUUUCGAGGAUAUCUAUGAUAAUAAAUUUUCCAAUCAGUUUCAAAAAUAGCUCUUUGAGCUUUAACUUGGAUUCAGCUGUCAUCGAUUAUGAAAAUCUUGUCAUUCCGCAUCUAUACAUUCUUCAAUCAUACUCAAACGCUCGAUAUAGCCCUCAAUUUUUAUUGAAAUGUUGUGAUAUGGUCAAGGUUUGGAUUAAAAAGAUAGAUUGCAAGCACACAGAAUAUGAAUUUGAGAUCAUAAAGUGUAUAUAUUUUGCUUUGCAGUACAACAAUCUUCACAACAUCUGCCUAGAGAUUACGAGGGCUUAUUUUAACAAAAGAGUUGGGUUGCUGUCAAAAAACAAUCACACACUGCUGAUAUCUUUUAUUAUCGACUCGUUGCUGUUCUUAGAAAAGUUUAUGGAAUGUAAAGAUUUUAUUGAUAAAAACAAGGAAUUGUGUCAUACAGAUAAAAUAAGAACAUACGAAGAGAUGAACUUGUCAAUAUCUAUACUUCAACUACUAACAAAGACUGACGAUCUAAACGUCAUCAGCAAAUGCCAGCAGAUUCACUUAAUGCUGAGCUCCAAUGAAAUGUUUUCCAUCUCAAAACAGGGUGAUAAGUACAAAGCGGUGGAACUGCUAAUCAUGCAUUCCAAAUUUUGCUUGGUAUUAGGCUUGUAUCCAACCUCUGGACACCUGAAUUCUGUGACUAACAUAAAUAAAUCUAUGAGUAUAAUGCAAUCUAUUUUCAAGAACUUUUUACUUCAAGCUCCUCGAACUCCGUCACUAAAUAUCAAUUUCAAAUCACUUUUGAAAAUAAGGUUUUCUUUAGAAAUGCUGUAUUGCUACAAUAGCAUCAUAGAGCAGUUUUCUAUAGUUGGGUUGGGGAAGGAAUUUAAUCACUAUUUGAAAGAGUUAGACAUGUUUAUUAAAGUUCAGCCAUCGAUCAAUUUACAGUACUACUACAAUUUAAAGCUCCUGGAAUUCAGCACUCGCCAAGAUGCAGUCGGUACUGCAUCGCAAUACCUUCAGUACAUCAAUUCAAUUCGUGAUGAUAUAUGCACAGAUCAGAACGAACUAGUGGAAAUAUACUAUCUAAUGGUGAUCGAAAAUUAUGCCAGAAAGAAAGGAGAUGAGAAAACUGUUAUUGCUACUUCAAAUAAGUUAGAUGGGAUUAUUUUCCGCUGUUUGAAAUCUGAAAACUGCAACUCUCUUUUGAUCAAGCAAGUGGCAACUAUCCUGUGGAGAAGAUUUGACAAUUUUUGCAAGGUAGGUGUUGCAGCAAGCCAGAUUUUGAGUACUAAAAAGUACUUUGAGCUUUUGUCGAAGCUUGAAUCACAGUUAACUGUCUUGAAAUCUUUUAAUCUAUCUUUGAUAUCAGAUUCUAAUGGUGUUUCGUGUUAUCCACUGAGAAAUUCCGGCUUAAAAUUAACUAUUCCUAAUAAUGGUACUGCGGAAUUGCAAAAUCUAAAUUUGAAAUUAAUCAAUCACUUCAAAGAUACAUUCGGGUUUUCAACGGUGGAAGUAUCAAAAAGUAAGCUUUGUAUGAUAAUUAAUUGCUUUACAGCUUUGGUGAGCUGUGACAAUUUGGUAAACGCAGACAAUCAAAUGUCUCGUAUUAUUUCAUUGAGUGAUCAAUUUUGGUAUCGUCCAUUUGAACUUGAGAAAGAACUUGCACUUGAUUCUCAAACGCAGAAGAACCUACUUCCUACCAUUUUGGAUGGUCCUAUCCCACCUUUUGUCCCAAGAGACCAAAAAUUCUCUUUGAAAAGUGUCUUACCUGCUGAAUGGCAGGUACUUACUAUAGAUUACGUCCCGUCUACUGACAGCCUAGUCUUAGUAAGACAUAACUAUAAAUCUGAUGAUCCUUUAUUUGUCAGUAUCUCACUAAAGAGAAAAGAUAGUCAACAUUCUUUCCCAAAUAUUUUGAGCUCACUAAAAUCUAUUAUAGCAGAAAGUGAUAAAACCACCUCUCCUGAAGUGACCAAGAAUAUCAAAUCGUAUGAGGAAAAGCUGAGAUGGUGGGAGCUGAGAAAAGCGCUAGAUAAAAAAUUGGAGGAUCUUCUUUCGUUAAUAGAUGCAGAGUGGUUCGGUGGCUUCAACUCUCUUUUUCAGCUUAGUACAGCUAGCUCGGAGGAUGUCAAACAUUUCAAACAUAGUUUAGUUCAGCUGAUUGCAGAAAAAUCAAGACUUAAAGGCAUCGAUGACGCAUUGAUCCAGAAAAAUUUAUUAGAUAUUCAUGGUGAAAUUUAUGAGCUUUUCCUGAAUAUUGAUAGAAUUAAUGUGGAGAAAGUUGCAAAUUUACUCCACUUCCUCCUCGGAAAAAUUGAGUUAGAGGACGCAUUUCGUUUCGAUGAUGAUGCCAUUUUAAGCGUGGCGAGACAGACAAAAGCAAUGAUUGUAGGAUUGGAAAAGAAUAGAAUCAGUAACAGUGAUGUGCCCUUUCACACUGUUUUGGUUCCAGGUGCAAGUUGUAUCCAGAUCCCAUGGGAAUCAAUCCCCUCUUUAAGGGCCAAAUCGGUAACACGUAUGCCAACAUUGUUUCAGUUGAAAGAUCAUUUGAUCAAAUAUAAAAACUUACUGGACAAUGGUAUUGACGCAUGCAAGGGCUACUAUGUGAUUAACCCUGGCGGAGAUCUACAAAGAACGGAAGCGAAUCUUUCACCUAAAUUUAGGCAUUUAGAUGGUUGGAAUGGCUUGGUUGGUGAGGUGCCCGAUGAUUCUAAUAUACUGAAAGCAUUUGACGAGAAAAACUUGUACAUUUAUGCAGGGCACGGUGGAGGAGAACAAUACAUCAAAUCUAAGAACAUAAAGAAAAGAGACUUUAUUCCGCCAUCAUUACUUUUGGGUUGCUCUUCUGGGUUGUUGAAGGGCGGUGGGUCAAUACACCCAUAUGGUACGGCAUAUAAUUAUAUCAACGGUGGAUGUCCAAUGUUAUUGGUAAAUAUGUGGGAUGUUACUGAUAAAGAUAUUGAUUUGUUCACGAUCAGUGCAUUAACCAAAUGGGGUUUUUUUGUUGAUUAUGAUUCAUUUGAUCCUUUUGACAUUUCGGUAAACAACUCGACCAUUUCUCUUUCUGUUGCAGAAGCCAGGAAUGUCUGUAAGCUCAAGUAUUUAAAUGGAGCUGCACCAAUAAUAUAUGGACUUCCUUUACGUUUAGAGACGAUUUAGACUUAAGUAGAAAAGAAAAUGUAAAAUGAAACUACUAUUAUAUGAGUAACAUUAUCAACAGCUUAGAAACGUCCAUUCAUCAAAAUACAAUAAGCAAUAAGCUCUUUGAUCAUCCGCAGG